GCAACUAAUAAGUUUAAAGAUCGACUCAGUUAAACGUCAUAAUCGUUCAAUAUUAGGUAUAAAUAUUCAAUAUAUUAAAAAUGGUGAAAUUACUUUGAAAACGUUAGCAAUGGUAGAAUUAUUUGACACGCAUACAGCAGAAAAUUUAAAACAAUCGCUUCUUGAUGUACUUGUAAAGUAUGAAAUAACUCGAGAACAAAUUUACACAAUAACUUGUGACAAUGCAGCGAAUAUGAUAAAGAUGGCUAGGAUAAUGACUGUCAAUGAUAUUGAAAAUGAUUUUGUUGAUGAGAGUGAUGAGGUUAAUGAUAAUACUACAGACAUCAACAAUGAAGACAGUGAUAAUGAGUAUCCUAGUGGUGGGACACCAAUAUCUAAUGAAGACAUUGAAAAUGAACUCUUGAUUGAUUUAUUUAAUACAGAUGAAGCUACCAUAUCUAUUCAAUCUUUUGAAGAUGAUGUGUUUGAUGCCUUAUGUCCUUCACCUAUAACCUCAUGUGUGCGAUGUGCUGUGCAUACUUUGCAACUAUGUAUUCUAGAUGGGUUUAAAAACGCACCAAUCACCAGUUGCAUAGUUCAAGCUAGAAAGGUGGUGAAAAAAUUGAGAACUCCUAAGUAUGCCACUUGGCUAAAAAGAAAAAACCUCAAAUAUGCUAUAAUAGAUAACGAAACAAGAUGGAACUCUGUCUUUAAUAUGUUAUUCAGAUUAUUAGAGUUGAAAGAGUUUUGCCAAACCCACCAUAGUACUAAUACUGAACUCAAAUUAAAAAAAAGUGAAUGGGAUUCUAUUCAAAGCAUUGUUGAUGCAUUAAUGCCUGUUAAAAUAGCUACUCUUGCUCUUCAAAAGCAGGACAUAAACCUCGGUGACUUCUUUGGAGUAUGGCUUAAAGCAUCACAUGGUCUCCAGUCUAACGGUUCAAUAUUAGCUAAACAAAUUUUGAAAUCUAUGAAACAGCGUGAGGUGCUAUUAUUAAAGAAUCCAAUCUUUUUGGCAGCAAUUUUCCUUGAUCCACGUUACCAAUGCAUGUUAAAUGAAACUGACAAAAAUACUGGAAUUAAUCAUUUAAUUAAAACAUGGAAAUGUAUGAUUCAGAUACAAGAUGUAUGUCAAACUGAUGAUGUCAAUAACUCUGCUAUAGCCAAUGUUAUUGAUUCUCCUGAUAAUACUGCAGAAACAAUUGAUGAUGGAUUUGAAUUGUUUUUGUCAUCACAAACAUCUGUUGCAAGUAAUCGUAGUGAAACAAAUACCUUAAAUGAUAUAUCCACUAGUUUGCAUAAUUUUAAAAAUGUAGAGCGUCUACAUUAUAAAACAAACAUACUUGCAUUCUGGGAAUCCCAAAAACAUGAUAAGUCUGAUCUUUAUAAGCUAGCAAAUAUUGUUCUUGCCGUACCCGCUACUCAGGUUAGUGUUGAACGGAGUUUUAGUGGAAUAAAGUUUAUAUUAUCUGAUCUACGUACAUCCUUAUCAGCCAAUUUAUUAGAUGCCAUAAUGAUACUACGUUCAAACACAAAAUUUAUGAAAGUUAAUGCUUAAAAACUCAUUUGUAAUUGA